AUGCAGAAUUCUGCUCCAAGGGUCAUCACUGACUGGGAAGCAUGGAACCGCGAGCCUCUAGAGGAUCAGUCUGUUGACCUCCCGGCGCCUGAGAAUGUUAACUUAAGCAAACUCAGGUUCGACUGGGUGCUGUCAGAGCCCGACUUCUUCGAGGAAUGGAUUGAAACUGUCGCCCAAGUCCUGGAUUCCGUUGGGCUGAAGGCUCUCAUUUCCCAGACCAUACCACGCCCUACAUACCUGAACGAUGCUAGCAAGAGAUGGUCGAUCCUUUCAAAGCAGCUUACAAUCUGGAUGGCUCGGAGGGUAGAUCCUGAUUUCAUCGAGAUUAUCACACGCCAUGAGGAGGUUAUCUAUGCAGACAGCUUUGUCAGGAAGGCAAGAGAUUCUCUGUGUUUCUGGGACUUGUAA